AAGAAGGUUUGCGCACUGUAUUUCUUCAACGACAUCGAGCUAGCAAGAUCGAGCACAACUAUUUUCUUCUUUUAUAAUAUGUAUAUCCGUAACGGAAGCAAAAAGAAAUAGGUCAAGUCAGCAGGCACAGAAAGAAGAGAAAUACAAUACCGAAUAGGUGCCGAUAGGAAAAUGCCAAGCAAUGUACUUGAAGUGUACAGAAAUGUACAGAAAUGUACAGAAAUAUACAGAAGUGUAGAGAGGGAAAGAAGUCGAAAAGGAAACAAGUCGCAUGCGAACGAAAUUAGUGUGACAUACGACGCGUUACGAACAGGAAAAAUGUUUGAGAUUUGAGAAAAUCCGAAGCGAGUGCGCGUUAAAGGAACAGUCUUGGAGGUAAACGAUCGCGGUUCGAUCAAGUUGACGAUAAUAAGCGUGUUAAUCGCGGCAGACCGAGUUAAAAGACAGCGAAGGAACAAAAUGUCGUCAAACCUGUCCGCCUACGAAAAAAUUCGCGUCAUUUUGGGUAAUGGAAGUUGCGACUUGGAUUCUGCGGUAUCGGCCCUUGCUCAAGGAUACUUGGACUAUUUGGAUGGAAUGAAAAACGAUGGAACCAAGUUAGCGGUAAUUCCAGUAAUGAACAUACCUGAAAGGGAAUAUCGCGUGAAAACGGAAGUGGUAUUUUUCUUGAAACGUCACGAUAUACCUUUCGCGUUAUUAACAUUUCGGGAUCAAAUUGAUUUGAAAAGAUUGAAGGAAAAGAAGGGAAUCACUCUGGAAAUUGUACUGGUCGAUCAUCAUCAGCUUCCGGAGGAAGAUGCUUUUUUAGCGGAUUUCGUGGUGAAAGUGAUCGAUCACAGGCCGCAAGACGCAAACUGGCUUUGGCCAGGUAGAACGGUACAGUUGGAGGGAGUAGGCAGCUGCGCGACUCUGGUGGCGCGAAAUUUACUCGACAGGUAUCCGGAAGCGAUGGAUACGCAACUUUUCAGUCUUUUGCGAGGUCCAAUUCUGAUCGACACCUGUAAUUUCUCGAAGGAGGCUGAUCGUGCGACUAGUGCCGACAAGGAAGUCGCACACCUUCUCGAGACACUCGGGCAAUUGGAUCUGGAUAGAAGCAAAGCGUUCGACGAGAUCGUCGAAGCGAAAUCCGAUAUUAGUAAAUUAACUGUCGACGAUUUCUUAAUCAGAGAUUUAAAAAUCGCAAAUGGAGUGCCAAUCGUCGGAUUACCGAUAUUGGUCGAGAAAUUUCUCGAAUUACAAGACGUCUUUGACGCGAUUAAAAAUUUUUCCGAAUCACGGAACACUACAGUGAUCGUUUUCAUCGGAUUGGAGAUUCGAUCGCGACAACUGCACCGAGAUAUCGCCGUUUUCUCGUUCCUCGCCGUUAAUCCAUUGAAAGAUCAGAUAGUAAAAGCUCUAACGUCGUCCACGCAACCAUCCCUCCAGUUAACGUUGAUCAAAGAAACGAAUCAGGUCAAUGGGAAUGGCAGCUUACUUCUUUACGCGCAAGGAAAUUUACGCGUUACACGGAAACAAAUAUUACCUCUUGUUCGCGAUACCGUCACCUCGGCGAAUUGUCGGUGUUAGAAACGAAAAUAACAAAGUCAGAACGCAGUUUCGCGGAAGUUAGAGGUACUUUUUUCUCUCAAAGACGAUCGCAUCACCGCAACAAGGUAUAUGUAAACAUAUAAGAUUUAGUUAAAUUUUUCAAAGCGCAACUACAAUUAUUCAGGUGGAAAGGAAUGGUGAGAGAUUCGAGAAAAAGGAUACAUGUUUUCAUUAAAACAUUUCAUUUGAUUUGA